GCGCGUCGAGGUGCGUGGCCUCUCCGCCAUGGCGCAGGCGGAGUCACUCCGCUUUAAGCUGCUGAGCAACCUGCAGGUGCGCCGCGCCGCCAUGGGCAUCGUCCGCCACGUGAUGGAGUGCGGCGCCAAGGGGUGUGAGGUGACGGUGGGCGGCAAGAUCAAGGGGCAACGCGCCAAGAGCAUGACCUUCCGCGACGGCUACAUGAUCAAGUCGGGUACGGCCCACAAGAACUUUGUGGACGCCGCAACACGCCACUGCCACCUGCGUGCCGGCACCAUUGGCGUCAAGGUGAAGAUCAUGCUCCCCACAAGCAUGAGGGGCGAGGAUGAGAUCCUCCCCGACGUGAUCACCGUCAUUGAGCCCAAGGAGACUGUGGCUUAA